AGUUACGUACAGGUCGCCUGCGGUGACGUCAUGCGUGCGUCAUACCCAUAAGCACAUGCGGUGAUCCGGAAGCAGUUGAGUUCGUCUUUCGCUGUGUCCAGUGUCAAACGCAAGCAUGGCUCUUCAUAGACUCUUCCAGCUGUCGUCUCUCUUUCGUUCAGCUGUGACUGUGACUCUUCGCAGAAACAUCGGCCUCUCCGCUGUCCUCUUCAACAAAACUAAAGAUCUGGACCCUGUACAGAAGCUCUUUGUGGAUAAGAUCCGCGAGUACAACUCCAAGAGCAAGACUUCAGGUGGUGUGGUUGAUGCUGGUCCAGCUUACCAGAAGAACCUGACAGAUGAGAUCAACAAACUCCAGAGGUUAUAUGGUGGAGGAGAUCUAACAAAAUUCCCCGACUUUCAAUUCCCAGAGCCCAAACUGGAGGAGGUGACGGCUAAAUAAAUCACCAUCUGUAAUAUACAUAACUGUCUGAAAAAAUAUUUAAUAAAUGCCGUUGGUUUGAGAA